UGUAUUUAUGUAUUUAGGGCUAGCUUAAUAGCUAGCUAGCUACCUAGCCACGGGACUCGGAAGGAACGUCAGGUCACGUGACCGCCCUCGGGCUCCUCUGAAAUGUAAAACUACAGACCGGAGUCUGUUUUCCACUCAAUCCGUGCCGCCGUUUCGCUCGCUCCGCCGCUGGUUCUGAUGUGGCAACGAUACAAAAACCAGAGUUCUGCCGUCAGCUCGUCCGGAUAACAACAGGCUGCGUGUGAGAAGAGGAGCGAGGCCAAGCAGCGAGGCGCAGACGUCCACGCCGAACCCUCCCCCGUCUCCACGCCAGGAUCCGUAAAGCUGGGAGAGACGACACCCAGCCGCCCGCCAGCUCCACCMGACCCACCAUGAUGGCAUCCAGCGACGUGGACAGCCGAGCCGACGGUUCUUUCUACUCCGACCAAAAUCCUUCAGAACUGGACGCUCUGUGUCCGUCUCCUCCGGGACCGUCCAGACCCCAGAGGAACUACGAGAGGAUCGGAGAACGGACCGGAACCACGUUCUGGCAGACUCUGGUCCACCUGCUGAAGGGGAACAUUGGUACCGGUCUGCUGGGCCUGCCUCUGGCCAUAAAGAAUGCAGGGCUGGUGGUCGGACCGCUCAGUCUCCUGGUCAUGGGAAUCAUCGCCGUCCACUGCAUGAAGCUCCUGGUCAAAUGUUCCCACCACCUCAGCGCCAAGGUGAACAGGCCGUCCCUGUCUUACGGUGAGGUGAUGCAGUACGGGAUGGAGAACGUGUGGUGGCUGAGGAGGCACUCGCACUGGGGAAAACGAACGGUGAACUUGUUCCUCAUCAUCACACAGAUGGGCUUCUGCUGCGUCUACUUUGUCUUCCUCAGUGACAACGUCAAGCAGGUGGUGGAAGCAGCCAACGCCACCACGGUCAGCUGCAGCGUGAACCACACCAACCAGACGGACAUCCUGGUCCCGAGCCUCGACUCGCGCCUCUACAUGCUCUGCUUCCUGCCCGCCUUCAUCCUGCUGGUUUUCAUCCCCAACCUGAAGUACCUGGCUCCCUUCUGCCUGGUGGCAAACCUGUUCAUGACUGCCAGUUUGGUCCUCAUCUACAUCUACUCCCUCAUGCACAUCACAUCCCCCAUCAACCUGCCAAUGGUCGGCAAAGCYAACGACUACCCUUUGUUUUUUGGAACAGCUAUCUUUGCCUUUGAAGGGAUUGGAGUGGUCCUUCCUCUGGAAAAUAAAAUGCAGAAGCCUCAGAAGUUCACCCAGGUGAUGUAUCUGGGUAUGGGCAUCGUCACCUUCCUCUACAUCAGCCUCGGCACCAUCGGGUACUUGUGCUUUGGGGAACAUAUUGGUGGCAGCAUCACUCUGAACCUGCCGAACUGCUGGUUGUACCAGGUGGUGAAGCUGCUGUACUGCUUUGGCAUAUUCAUCACCUUCGCGCUGCAGUUUUACGUSCCGGCAGAAAUCAUCAUACCCUGGAUAGUGGCUCGCUUGUCGGAGAGGUGGGAAAGGCCCGUCAACCUCCUGGUCCGCACCUUCCUCGUCAUCGUCACAUGCGCUCUGGCCAUCCUGAUCCCGGAGCUGGACCUGGUCAUCUCGUUGGUGGGUUCGGUCAGCAGCAGUUUCCUGGCUCUCAUCUUCCCGCCCGUGCUGCAGCUGGUGGCGUUCCACACGGAGGGCCUGUCCCCGCUGGUGGUGCUGAAGAACGUCCUCAUCAGCGCCGUCGGCCUCAUCGGCUUCCUGGCCGGGACUUACAUCGCCAUCGUGGACAUCAUCGCCCGGAACGCCCUGAAACAGGAAGAGAUGCUCGCCGCCUUCGUGGUUCAUUGAUGCCGACCGUGGGCAGGUGGCUCCGAACCCGUCUUUUUAUUCCCAUUUAUACGACGAGGACUUUAAUGUAAUUCUGUCACAUUUGUUUGAUCUGAACAUAAAACCAAUAAUUCCUUCAUGCUGCAGAGGAAGUCAGCAGAUUAAAUGAGAUUAGAGGAGUUUUACAGGUGAUUAAUCUCAACUGAAGAAGUUCAUGUGGUCAGAAGAUCAAACUACCUCAGUGACUCGAUGGUUUGAACGUUCAUCCUGAACAUCAUCACCAGCUGCUCAUCAUUUACAUGUUAAAGCAGAAAAAUAAAAUUGUUGCACUUUGA